AUGCCGCGCACACAACCAAGCAAAGGGAAAGGAGCGAAGAAGGCCAACAAAAUCAAAAGGGAUGAAAGUACGCUCAAGAAGACCGGCACCAUCACGAAGAAGAAUUUCCGCGUGACCGUGUUGUCCGCGAAGGAGAGGCUCAAGUCGCCGCAGCAGAGGAGCGCAGAGAACUGGUGGGGCUCUCAACUCUUCGGCCACAGGCUGUCGAGGGAGGUUAAGAUUCACCACGCUCGCCGAGAAAAGCCCAACGCUGUCUUCACCAGAAAUAAGAAUAAGGCUAAGAAGGCUAUCUGA